AUGGCUUCCCUUCAUCCUCAAGAUGAACGCAAUGAAGAGUUCAUCCAAUUCGUUCGUCGCGAGCUACAGCCCGGCAUCGAUGGCAACGGCGCAAAAGUCGAGUUCAUCAGCCCUACGAAAACAGCAGAAUGGUGGAAGAAACGAAGCGAAAAUCGAGUCGCCCGCGCCAUCAAUCACAACAUCCACGCAAGAGCGGCCACGAUCGAAAAAGCCUACCUGAACAUCUUUUCCAUUCUCGUCUACAAUUCCAAGACGUACUUGAUAAAGGAAUUCAUCUCCCACGGCUUCCAGGACCAGCAGCUGCCUCUACUCGACCACAAGAGGUUUGGGGGAGACCUUGCCAUGGUCCGCGACAUGAAAGACUUUUGUGAUACCCAGUGGAUGUUCUGUCCUGUCGUCUUCUCAAGCGCCAUGCCAAUGGACAAAAGAACUAUUCCCUGUCGUCAGAUCCUCCCAAUCAAGGACCAGAAGAUAACCACAACCAAAGAGAACCAUUCCAAGUCUAUCAUACGAGUAGUAACGCUGCAUUCUGACUGUUAUGAUACAGAUUGGAGUUCAUCAUCCAAGCCGACUGUCGUGUUCAAAGAAUACCUCACCUGUGAAAGGGAUGCUUUGUGGAACUCCUGGAUCAGAGAGUACAAUGCAUUUGUCAAAAUCGAUUCCUGCGACCACAUAGUCCAGUAUCUCGGUUCAUUUGAGCAGAACAAACGCUGCUUCAUGGUGCUAGAGCAUGCCCCCGAAGGUAGUCUGCUCGAGUUAUACAAACGUGAUAAGCCUCCAGCAACACCUGAAGAGCGCAGGUACUUUUUGUACGGCAUGAUGAGUCUCAUCAAGGCCGUUGAUAAGAUCCAAAACUUGGGAGGGGGGCCUAGAAAUCAACGCACAGGCUUUGCCCAUCGCGACAUCAAGCCUUCCAAUAUUCUCGUCUUCCCUGGAACGCAGGGUCUGUAUUCCGAUGGCUUCCGGAUGAAGCUUGCUGAUUUCGAUACGGCGACAUCUGAAUCGCCUAUUGAUGAAGAUUCAGUCAGUUUUCAUGACAACGACGGAGACAAGACAUAUUGUGCUCCCGAGGCUUCCAGGGUCUAUACUUAUCAAGAUACGGCUAUUAAGCCGGUUCCUUUAUCAUCGGACAUCUGGUCCCUCGGUUGUGUCUUCAGCGAAGCUCUUGUCUGGGUCGCUGGUAGAAUGGCUGCCGUCUACAAAGCUGCUGGCGAUCGUAGAACCGAGAUCCAGACCUACUAUCCGCUUCAGGUCGACGCUAGCUUGGGCGACUGCUUUCACAAUGCUCAAACGGCACUUCAAUGUGUCUUGGAGUCCCAACAGGCCGCUGUCGAAUCCUUGAAAGGACCCACGAAUCUUUCAGGAACCGUCUGCGCCCUUGUGAAGCAGAAAAUGCUUGUACCUUACAAGGAUAGACCUACCCCCAGUUACUUAUGGCACGAAUUCAACAGCAAGUAUGAAUACCUGUUUCCUUCUCUUGGCAGAGCAAACAGUGCACCUACUCGUUCCCCUUCUCGAGCCAUCGGCAGCGAAGUCGCUAGCCCAGUAUCUAUGGGUAAAUCCCCAAGAGGGAGUUUUCAAUACAGUCAACUUCCACAUCUACGUACGACUUCCAGCCUGGGGAAAGAAAGGCUGAUGAUCACCACUUCCAAUCACCCUCAAACAGAUCUAGGCCCUCUUGGCUUCUAUAUGCAGGCACCGUUUGAUAAUGGAAUGCCAGUCCAACAGAUUUCCCCUUCUGCACAAAAUCAUGGCCAGAUCCAGGAGAUUUCCGGUUCCAAUAAUGCCCCAGAACUAUCAAACGGGCUCGAUGCCUCACAAGUCACAAAGAGCACUCCUUCGCAAACAGGAUCCCCUGGCUAUCUUCACCCUACUUACACGGGUCCUAUAAGCAGCCCCUGGGAACCUCGUCGAGCAAGCAGAGAUCAGCAAGCUCCUCCGAGUCAAUACGAAAAUGCAACUGUCGAAGAUGUGAUCCACUACCGCAAACUCAAGGCUAAGAAGCAUCUUCUGUCUGGCUAUGAUCACUUCUGUCGCCGCAUGGGCCGGAGACAUUUCAUCUUCGUCAUAGACGACUCCGAUUCGAUGCGAGAGUUGAAAAGCGAAGUUCUCAGGGCGGUUCAGGCUCUGAUAUGGCUAGUCAAGGACAUGGACCUGACAUUCCCGGAAAUACGCUUUACCUCGAACCCCAGUAAGCGAUACCCGCCGACAAUUGCAGCAAUGGCGGGUCGUUUAUACUCGAUGGACAUGUUAGCCUCGCUACUGAAACGCCACUGGGAGAAUCUGGACGAAGCCGAUAAGGAAUGCAACAUGAGAUACGCGCUGGACCAGAUAUUCGCCGAUGAUAGUAUUGUAGAUCCCAAAAAGCCUACUAGUGUUCUAAUCUUUACAAAUGGCAAAUGGGAGGGUGGUCCCAUUCAAGAUCCAGGCGUGGAGGGAUGCAUCACGAAUGUCAUCGGUAAGAUGAGGCAAAAAAACAUCAGCAACACGGGCUUCACAUUCCAAUUUGUCAGCUUCGGCGAUGAUCAAGAUGGUCUUAAUCGUAUGACAUAUCUUGACGACUGUGCCCUUUUCGGGGGCAGCCUAGAACACAGAAAGCGCUUGGGUGUUGGGAAUGGAGCUAUUCUGUUAGAGCCCUAG